AUGCGCUCAUUGAUAUCCGAAUUUCUGACUGACAGUCUGAUAUGUCUCAUCUACGGGCGAUUCAAAAAAUACCGGGCAAUAGGAAGAUUGACUUUGCAUCAGACGACUAAAGAUCUUGAACAAUUUCCGCCAGAAUUACUACCUAUAUUGCAUGUAGAAACUGCCAUCAAGAAGAAAAAGUACGAGGAUAUAACAUCGGCGCUCAAAUGCGAAGACUCGACAAUAAUAAACCGGGCACUUAAAGCCUUCUGGUUUUUCGAUGGCAGCCACAAGAAGAUCAUUAACGUCAGGUAUUUCUGCGAACAUCUAUUCCCUUACGUUUCUAUAAACACAAGAACACGUAUUGUGCUAACACUCGCGCAUCAAUUGUUCGGGAAGGAUCCAAUUUUCGCGCAGGAAAUAUUUACAGAAGUGGUAUCUAUUUACGGGAUUCAAACCGCUUAUCCAUUGAUCAUAGCUUGCGACGAGACUUUCGUUUAUAAAAUGAUCGUGGAGAAGGAAUUCGUGUUGCCUGUUAAAAUUGUUACAAAGAUCUUCUAUAGAAAUCCGGAUUUGGUAGUUCGUUUUCUCAAAUUAUUGAAACCUCGUGAACUAAACGAGACUGAGCGCACUCCAUUCGCAAUCGGCAUCGAUGAAUACAAAUCUUUCCUCCCUAAAUUAAUAAAGAAACGACUGGAGGCUUUCGUGGAACUGUGUGAGAUUCACGAGACUCCGGAUAUUAUUUUGAGCAAUACGUGCGCCGAAAUAUUUCUGAAGAAAGCUCAGCAACACCUGAUACAAAAGCCACUUGUAUAUAUCCGCAUGUUACCAUUCAAAAAAAUUAAUGAGGAUUUAAUGGAAAGAAUAUUUCCUGGUUUACUGCCCGCGGAAAUGUCUUCUUUUAAUACAGAUAAUAUGCUUGAUUACUUGAAACAUUAUCCACGUGAUAAACAAUACGAUCUGCUCCGUAAGUCAUACAAGGAUAAAUAUGAUGCCGAUUUUCUCAACGAGACAAAAAAUGUCACGCCUGCCUUAUUACAAUUAUUACCUACCGAGGAACGGAUCAAACAGGCUAGAAUUAAAAUCGAGAAGCAGAACUUAGAGGAGGAUCAUUAUAAAGAUAUGAUGGAAUACAAAACAGUUUGGAUUUGUUAUUUACCUGUUAACGAAGUUAUACCAAUUAUCAAAGAAAAAUUAAAUAAAACUAAAGAUGAAACAGAUAGAAUUGGUCUCCUUUCGCAAAUGAUUUAUGCUUGUAAUGUUAAUAAAGAUGAUGACGCGUUGUUCGAUACCUUGACAUAUUUUUUAAAAAGACAUAAAAACGAAAAUUCUUGGGUAUUCCAACAAAUAUUCAAUCAACUUUUACGAAUAUACGAUUUACCUUAUUUAAAUGAAAAGCAGAUUUCUGUUAUACUAGACAUCGUUCGAUUGUUUUAUGUAAAAAAUGAAUUCGUGCCGGAAGAAAUGCUCUUGGCUAUAAUACAUUUUAAACUUAUACACAAUAUGCCAAUCGAGGAGUUGAUCGAUAUAUUUCUAAAGAACAAUCGAUGGUACAUAAAUUUUAAUGUACUCAAAGAAUAUCCACAGUAUGAGAGGCAAUGUCUCGUAACUUUCGCAAAUCAAAUUGAAAAGAAAUCUUUUCAAGAGGAUGAAAAACAAUAUAUUUUCUGCCAAUUUUUGAUAGCAAUAUAUGAUUUUAACAACAGGAGUAAAAAAUCGUGCAUUAAAAUAGAAGAAAUGACAGUUAGGGAUUAUCCUUGGUUAAUGGAUUUUAUUCACGAAGUAAUACGUGUAAAAGAUUCUUGGAACGUGAGAAAUAUAUUACAGAAGAAUGAACCAGAACUGUACUGCAGUUUGUUUUCUUCAAACAUCGCGAAUGUAACAUCAGGCGCAGCACUCGCUCUAUUGAAACGAGAUUUACAAAACAUACUUGACAAUUGGGAAAAAUAUUUGGAAGAUUGCAUGAAGAACUACCAUUCAAAACAUGUACAACACUUCGUCAAGGCCACGCGAUGGUACAAAGAUUUACCCAUUAAAUUUGCUGAACGUUGCAUGAAGUAUGUGUACGAUAAAAGUACAGAUGAAAUAUCAUCUAGUCUAGUUAUCUUGGCUCUUUUACUUCACGGUGAUGAGUUGACAAAACUAAUCGAUCCUCUCACACCCACAGAAACAGCGAUAAAUAUCGAUCAUCCAAAUGCCAAAGAUAACUAUAAAAUCAUACAAAAUUUACCAUUGAGCAUGAGACUUUCCAAUCCACCAAUAUCUCUGGAUCUCGUAGUUAGAUUGUGUGUAGGAGAUUACUUGUCAAUAGCUUUGAUGACACUAACAAACGUAAGUAGGCGAACUUCUUCGCCUAAAGUUAUAUCAGUCGCACAAAAGUUGAUGAGUAUGCGUGUAAGUACACGUAAACACGGAGUUAGGCUGAUGUACUUAAUAGCUACUAUGCAUGAGCUUAUAGACUUUCUCCAGAAAACAUGGGCAAUCGAGAAUCAUCAUUCAGUACGACAAGUUUUAUUCGAGACAUUCCAGAAAUGUUUUCUCACAAAACCAAGUCCCGAAACUUGGUCCCUAUAUUGUCAAACUAUGUCGACGUUGAGUCUCAAUGACGAAGCAUUGCUUUUGGAUAUAAAGCUGUUUCCCGAGAUCCCCAAUGAAUACGUCGUAAGAUAUCUCGAUCUAUGGCUCAAAACGAUAGACGAUUUUCAAAGAAUGGGACUGAAUGAUCAGAAAACAAACAAAUACAUUGUCAAUUUCUUAGCGACGCUUACUGUAUCUAUUUUCAAUCUUUUAUCUGAAGAAUUUGCUGAAAAUAUACUUCGAAGAUUUUUAUUCCAUAUGGAUAAUAAUGUAUCCUGGGCAGCAAGACAUUUUACAAUAUCGUAUAUUUUAUUAGAGGAUAAGGAUAAAUAUGCAGCACGCAUCAAAGUAUUCGCCGAUGUCUUCCGUAACGCAGUGAUAACUUAUUGGAAUGUGCCCCAUCCUAAAAAAAUAUACUUUUAUCCAAUCAACAAAGCCGUGCGUUUAUUCAUAGAUGAUUUCAUUAGUAGCUACAUUAAUAAAUUCUGCUUUAAUAAAUCUAUUAAUCCGGAAAUUAUCGAUAACAUGCAAAUGAUAUUUUUAUCUGUCUUAUCACCUAGACAGGACGCGAAGUCUUAUUUAUUGUUGAUAUACGCCAAGAAGUUGCAAGAAUGCACAACCAAUAACUCCUUUGGUCUGAAACUCGGUCAGCAGUUGCAUGAAUUAACCGAUAUUUUCUCAUCGCUAUUAGUCUUGUUUAUGGCUGAGAUUCUCGAGUACUUCCUAAGCAAAGUAUAUAAACGUUCCAAUUUGGAAGAAGUCAAGCUUAGUGUCAUAGAAGGCCUCAUUGAAGCUGGUAAUACGGAUUCCUGUUUUAUGGCUGUAACAAUGUUACCAUCGACGAUCCAAACGAAACACGUAGCAAGAUACAAUCAAAUCAUUGAAAAGUUACGAGAAAUGCAUGAGGAGCUUGCUACCAUGACCGUUUUAUGCAAUCAUUUAAAUGAAACGGACUUGGAAAUAACUUAAACGAAUCGA